AAUGGAUACAAACGAUUCAAAGGAUAAAAUUUCCAAGGAAGAGGAAAAGGAAGUUAAAGCUUUGGGAGAGGAAGAAAUAGCCGCCUUAAAAAGUUACAAUUUGGGGCCGUAUUCCGAUAAAUUGAGGCAAGUCGAUACGGACAUUCAAGAGGCGUUGAAGAAUAUCAAUACACUUUGUGGUGUCAAAGAAAGCGAUACAGGCCUUGCACCUCCUGCUCUUUGGGAUCUUGUUGCCGAUAAACAUGCUAUUGCUCAUGAGCAGCCUCUUCAGGUUGCUAGAUGUACAAAAAUAAUUAAAACUGAAGGUCAAGAUCCGCGUUAUAUGAUUAAUGUCAAACAAUUUGCUAAAUUUGUUGUGGAUUUGGCCACGCAGGUUGCACCCACCGACAUUGAAGAAGGAAUGCGUGUUGGGGUUGAUCGCAAUAAAUAUCAGGUUACUCUCUCGUUAGCAUCAUUUAUUUUUCUUUUCCAGAUCCAUAUCCCUUUACCGGCAAAAAUUGAUCCUUCUGUGACAAUGAUGACAGUUGAGGAGAAACCGGACGUGACUUAUGCUGAUGUUGGUGGUUGUAAAGAACAAAUAGAAAAGCUUCGAGAAGUUGUCGAAAUGCCUCUCCUUCAUCCUGAACGUUUUGUGAAUAUUGGUAUUGAACCUCCUAAGGGUGUACUCUUUUAUGGUCCUCCUGGGACAGGAAAGACACUUUGUGCUCGUGCUGUCGCAAAUCGAACUGAUGCUUGUUUUAUUCGUGUAAUUGGUUCUGAAUUGGUACAAAAAUAUGUUGGGGAAGGAGCGAGGAUGGUUCGUGAAUUAUUCGAGAUGGCAAAAACAAAGAAGGCUUGUAUUAUUUUCUUUGAUGAAGUCGAUGCUAUUGGUGGGGCUCGUUUUGAUGAUGGAAUGGGGGGAGAUAAUGAAGUUCAACGGACAAUGCUCGAAUUGAUCAAUCAGCUUGAUGGAUUUGACUCGCGCGGUGCAAUCAAAGUUUUAAUGGCCACAAAUCGUCCUGAUACUUUGGAUCCUGCACUUGUACGGCCAGGACGUAUUGAUCGUCGGAUUGAAUUCGCCGUGCCUGAUUUGGAAGCACGUGCAAACAUUCUAAAGAUUCAUACAAAGCGGAUGAGCGUCGAUCGGAAUAUUCGUUAUGAAUUGAUAUCGCGUCUUUGCCCGAAUACAACAGGAGCUGAUAUUCGUUCUGUCUGUACUGAAGCCGGAAUGUUCGCAUUACGUGCUCGUCGUAAAGCAAUAACCGAAAAGGAUUUUAUUGACGCUGUUCAGAAAGUGGUGAAAGGAUAUGCAAAGUUUAGUUCAACUCCAAGUUAUAUGACACAUAAUUAA